UCAUAAUCAUAAUUAGAUCACCACUGGGAUAUUUUAUCCAAAGGAAACUUCGUAAAGGAAAAUUGAGUUGCCUUUUUCAAUAUCUUAUUGGCUGCUUCAAGUUUAUGAACAAGCUCUCAUUCAUUUAUUCAUCCAUUAUCUCCUUUUUUCUCAUUGUUCUAUCUGUUUUUUUUUUUUUCUUUGAUGUCUUAAUUUAUUUGGCUGCAAUGAAAUUUCAUGUGUUGAUAAGAGACUUUUGUGUUGGAAAGCCCAUCAAGAGCAAAUGGAGAAACCAACCAGGAAGAAAAGACUGCAGCAAUCAAUUCCGGUUUGUCCUCUUUUUUCCCAUCGUUUUAUUCUUUUUAUUACUCUGUCUUCGUCAUCUGUUUUUCUUUGAGAAGACGGAGGGGUUCGUUUAUUUCCCUAGCAGUAAUAGCUCAAGCAAUCAGCCUAUUUAUUUGACUAGAAACUCAAUUGAUACUCAAACUUCAUUAGACAACUCAAAGAAGAAGAUUUCUAGUUUAGUUGAUGAAAAUUCUAACAUAAUCCUGAAGAAGAAUAAAGAUUUAUGCUCAGGUCGUUACAUUUAUAUUCAUGAUAUUCCUAUGAGAUUCAAUGAAGAUGUGCUCAAAGAUUGUCAGAUGCUUACCAGGGCCACUGAUAAAUCCAGUAUGUGUACAUAUGUAGAGAACUCUGGUUUUGGUCCUCAGAUUGAAAUUUCUGAUGCUUUGAAUUUAUGGAAGAACAAUUGGUUUUUGACAAACCAAUUCUUGCUAGAGGUUAUUUUCCAUAACAGAAUGAAGAAAUACAAGUGCUUAACCAAUGAUUCCUCGGUCGCGUCUGCUGUUUUUGUGCCAUACUAUGCUGGUCUGGAUCUUCGUCGCUAUUUAUGGGGAUUCAAUACUUCUGUGAGAGAUUCAUCAGGUCUUGAUUUGGUUAAAUGGCUUGCAGGACAACCUGAAUGGAAAAGAAUGCGGGGUAAGGAUCAUUUCUUAAUUUCAGGUAGGAUUGCGAAGGAUUUCAGGAGAAAAUCAAAUAGGAUGUCUGAGUGGGGUAGCAAUUUCAGGUUCCUACCAGAGUCUGAGAACAUGUCAAUGUUAACAAUUGAAUCAGGGUCCUGGAAAAAUGAUUUUGCUGUACCAUACCCAACAUAUUUCCAUCCUUCAACAGAUAAUGAGGUUUUCCAAUGGCAGGAACUGAUGAGAAGACAAAAUCGGCCUUACUUGUUCUCUUUUGCCGGCGCCCCAAGAUCAAGACAGAAAGGUUCAAUAAGGAGUGAGAUCAUCAGCCAAUGCCAAGCUUCGAAGAAGUUGUGCAAUUUACUAGACUGUGAUUCUGUUGACCAUAAAUGUGAUGAUCCAGUUAAUUUGAUGAAGCUGUUUCAAAGUUCAAUCUUUUGCUUGCAGCCUCCAGGGGAUUCAUUGACCAGAAGAUCAACUUUUGAUUCCAUUUUGGCCGGUUGUAUUCCAGUCUUCUUCCAUCCAGGGAGUGCUUACUCACAAUAUGUAUGGCAUUUACCAAAGAAUGACACCAAGUAUUCUGUGUUUAUAUCACCAAAGAAUUUAAGACAAGGAAAAGUUAGCAUCAACCAGACAUUGCUUCAAGUUUCGAAGGAUGAAGAAUCAGCAAAGAGAGAAGAGGUCAUAAGAUUGAUUCCAAGGAUUAUUUAUGCCCAUCCCCCGUCUAGCUUGGAGACUAUUGAAGAUGCAUUUGAUUUAUCAAUCAAGGGAAUUCUGAGAAGAAUAGAGAGAUUAAGAAAAGUGAUUAGUUAAGGGUAAAAGUAGCCUCUGAUUAUAAUUUAAAAACUUAUUUCUAAAUUUCAAAAGUUUUAAACUAAUUGGAAAAACUUUUUUUGAUAGUAAUCCUAUCCGAAAUAGAUGGUCAAUAAUUUUUUUCCCAGGUAAUUGUUACACUCUUUAUAUA